GGCGAACUUUCCCAACGUCAAGCAAUCGACAUCGUCCGUAUCCACAUUCCAUACAGACACAAUGGCCACCACUAUCUCGCACGAUCUUGCCUGGGAGGUUACCAAGGGACGCAGCUCCACGCUCGUCAAGAGGGCGAACGGUGUCCAGUUCUCGCGCGAUCCUCUUAACCUGAGGAACGUGUACAGCCGCAAGAACGAGGGCUCCAUUGCCAACAAGGCUAUCGGUGUUAUCCCCGGCCCCGAGGGCGGUGUCACUCUUCUCAUCAAGAAGGCCGACAAGCACCACCAGCCCGCAUCUGCCGUCCAGACUACCACCUUCGGCCCCAGCAGGUCCACCCGCAAGACAUACUCCGCCAUCGUCAACUCCACCACCAAGCGCAACUACCGCCCCGACCUCCGCCAGGACGCCGUCGCUAAGGCCUCCGCCAUCCGCAAGAGCCAGAAGCCUGUCAAGGAGUCCAAGCCCGCUAAGGCCAGGGGUGCCAAGGCUCAGGCCGCUGCCACCGAGGCAUAGAUCAUGAGAUACUGAAGAGCGUGGUGCAUGUGAAUUGGUUCGGAGUUUUACUUCAUUCGGUUCAUCAUCUUCUGUGGGAUUCGGAGCUCAUGAAAGGAAAUGAGCAUGGGUUGCAUGAAC